CAAAUGGCAAUCAACCAAAACAAUUUCCAGCAAACAACACAAGCUGCCAUCUCCAAGUUGGAAGUCCAAUUGGGCCAGAUAGCAACUGAAAUAGCUCAAAGAGAACCUGGGAAAUGGCCAAGUCAAACCGUGAUCAAUCCAAAAAACCAAGAAGCCAAGGCCGUUCAUGUGCUCAGAUCAGGUAAGAUUGUUGAUAACAAAGUUGGUUCUGAUCUAUCAAAUGAUGUUGUGGUUGUAGAGGAUGAAGAUGAAGAGGAAACCACAGCUAUGGAAGGAGAACAACCCAAAACGUGCCAAUCUGCUCCUAAGGCCAAAUCUGAUUCUCAGGAACCCAAUCCAUUUCAAUUGCAUAAAAGAGAUGACAAAUUUGUGCCAUCACAUCUUCAUCAAGAUAGAUACAUCCCACCUCCUCCAUAUAUUCCACCGAUUCCAUUUCCAGGCCGUUUGAAGAAAGCAAAUCAAGAUAAGGCUUUUAAAGAGAUUUAUGAUAUUUUGAGUAAAGUUAAUAUCAAUUUGCCCUUGCUUGAUGUUGUUAAACAGAUUCCUGCAUAUGGAAAGUUCAUCAAGCACUUGAUGACUCACAAGCUCAAUUUUACUCCAAGUGAAGAAGUAAAGCUCAACAAGAAUGUGAGUGCUGUGUUGCAAAGGAAGCUUCCACCAAAACUAGAAGAUCCUGGCAGCUUUAACAUUCCCAUUAACAUCGGAGAUAAGACGGUUGGAAGAGCCAUGUUGGACUUGGGAGCAAGCAUCAAUGUAAUGCCAUAUUCAGUUUAUCAGGCGCUUGGCUUAGAAGGGAUAAAGAAAACCUCAAUUCGUCUUGAACUAGCUGAUCAUUCUAUCAAAUAUCCAAAAGGUAUUGUAGAAGAUAUUUUAGUUCAAGUUAAUACACUCAUUCUUCCGGCUGAUUUUGUAGUGAUGGAUAUGGAGGAUAACCCAUAUGAAGACCGUGUUGAUCCCAUUCUCCUCGGGCGACCAUUCAUGGCCACUGCAGACACAAUCAUCAAAGUGAAAGAUGGCACCCUCUCCAUGACUGUUUUGGGUGAAACUGUUGAAUUUAAAGUGUUUGAUGCUCUGUCUCAACCUUCUAUUACUCUUGAUACUUGUUUUUCAAUUGAUGUUGUGGAUCAUGAGGUUUCUUCUAAAAUUGUGCAGAAAAAGUCUAAUGAUGCUUUGGAAGCGGUCCUAACAUAAGAAGAGGAAGAUCUCUUUGAAUCA